GUUAGUUCAGAAAGGGAAACAUCCAACCUCGAUGGUGCAUAUCUAUAUAGUUAUUACUUGCAACACAAACAUAUGUUUGACUUGAUCAACAAUCUCUGGCAAACGCAUGGACCACAUUCUGUUGGCUCCAUAAAUGAAGGUCCUAAUGCGAUGAGAGCUUUGAUGGGGUGUGGAACUCCUGGGAUUGAUUCACUUGACUGA